CCGCCUUAUGAACCUCACAGCAACGUUGCAACAGUCAACAAACAGGCAACCAAUGUCAUGGUAUUGAAUCAACAUGAAGAACUGUGAAUCAUAGCGCAGGUCGUUGUUUGUAGUAUACGUCCGUUUCGCUAUCUCAAAGAACUGUUCAACGCACUAGAAGGAUACAUAGGUAAACGCGAUAUCUGCUUCCGACCGGGCUUCUUGUCCAGACUCAGCAACCCUCAAAGUGUGCAGCUCGACGAUAGGAACGCUGUGAGCUCCAAGCAUCUACAGCCAACAGUUUGAAAAUCCUCAAGAAAAGGCUAGGACUGAGGAGAGCUCCUCCUAAAUUCCACUGGACUGAGUAUCAGCCUCGCACAAUGGCCGGCAUCCUUGUCAUGGGCAUUGCCCUUGGUCUGCAGGAGGGGGGGAAGAAGAUCAAGGAAAAGCGAGAUGAGCGAAAGGCAAAGAAAGCUGCAUUAGCAACUCAAAUGCAUACGCUUGCCGAGUCCUCUUCCUCUGGGACCAAGCGAGGCAGCUCCACACAGAGAGAUCCGAGGUCAGAGAGGAAGAGCGAGGAAGCACGGAGAGAGCAACAACGCCGUAGCUGCAGCUUGGAGAGGGCUUACGAAAGGGAUGCGCCACCAAGCUACGAUGAGGCAGCGCGGUUGACUUAUGAAGAAGCCACCCGUGGUGACCCGCGCAGAGUCUGAUAUGAACUUGGGCUCAUCGAUAUGUCAAGACGCCCGAAUCUUUCUUUAACUUUUUUGCCUUCGUUUCGAUGAAAACUGUAGCGCUUCCCUAUUUUCUUUUUUCUUUUUUGUCUCGGAGUUAACGAAUACAUCAUCUUUCCAGCGAUGUCAC